AUGGAUGAUCUCAAGUUAUUCGCCUCCAGUCGCACACAUCUUGUGAGAUUGCUAAACAUCACUUGUGAUUUUAGCAAUUCUAUUAGAAUAGAGCUGAGGACAGAUAAGUGUGCGGUCCUCCGUGUCGAAAGGGGAAAGGUUGCUAACUCUGAGGGCAUAGACUUAUCUAUGCCCAUCAACAUUAGGACCCUUUCCGAGACUGAAACAUACCGAUACCUUGAAAUCGGAACCAAUGUUACCGAGAACAAUGAAAAUAACUUAAAUACCGUUCAGUUGGAUUAUGACCACGUUGAUGAAAAUCUUCCAGAUUCAGCUCAAAGUGAGAUCACAGGAAAGGCGCCGAUAUUCGGACAGCCGUUGCCUUCUUUAGACCCAGAAUUUUUAAUAGCCUUAGGAGAGCUAGUUCCUGAACAGGUAGCAUAUGGGGAAGAUAUCCAUUCAGAUUUGGCCCAGAGAUGGGCACCAAUCCUCCGAAGAGGUCUAACAGAAAAGGACCAAGAGGACAAAAUAAUCAAGGACUAUGCCACCCCACAAAACUGCAAGCUGUUUAGUGCGCCUAUUUUAAAUCCUGAAAUAGCGGCUGCGAUUUCCGAAUUUGCACGAACACGGGAUAAAAAAAAACUGAAAAUUCGCAACAACAAAUAG